UUCCGAGAGUCAUGGUGCGCUGCAGUUGCAUGUUGUUUAGAAAGGUCCGUGGCUGUCCUCCUCAACCUGAUGUCAGCUCUGGUGCCUCUGGCACAACCUGAUGGCUCUGGUUCGCCUUCGAUUUCCUCCCUCCGCAUGUUUUCUUCCCGGGGUCUUUUUCUCCCUUUUUUCUACCGUGGUUCUCUCCUUUGCAUCCCUCCGGGAGUCGGUCUGGCACUGUAAGGGAGGAGAAGGGCGUCUCUACUGGGUGUGGUUUGGACAGUUGUCCAGGAACAGGGUUCAAGAUUCUUCAGGGGAAUCGUGUGCACGUGGAAUGAAGAACUAGUAUGGAAACUUCAUUGAUAACCUGAGACUCUUCACCAAGGGAGGAAGUGGUGGAAUGGGCUACCCUCGCUUAGGUGGAGAAGGUGGAAAAGGGGGUGACGUCUGGGUUGUAGCCCAUAACAAAAUGACUUUAAAACAACUUAAAGACAAAUAUCCUCAGAAACGGUUUGUGGCUGGAGAAGGAGCAAAUAGUCGAGUUAGUGCACUGAAAGGCUCCAAAGGAAAAGACUGUGAAAUUCCUGUACCUGUGGGUAUUUCAGUAACUGAUGAAAAUGGUAAAAUCAUAGGAGAACUCAAUAAAGAGAAAGACAGAAUUUUGGUAGCUGAAGGAGGUAUUGGUGGUAAAUUGCUUACAAAUUUCUUACCAUUGAAAGGCCAGAGAAGAGUAAUUCACCUAGAUCUAAAACUUAUAGCUGAUGUAGGCCUAGUGGGAUUCCCAAAUGCUGGAAAAUCCUCUUUGCUAAGUAAGAUUUCUCAUGCAAAACCUGCAAUUGCAGAUUAUGCAUUUACAACAUUAAAGCCUGAACUUGGAAAAAUUAUGUAUAAUGAUUUCAAACAGAUCUCAGUAGCUGAUCUUCCUGGUUUGAUAGAAGGAGCACAUAUGAACAAAGGAAUGGGCCACAAAUUCCUCAAGCAUAUAGAAAGAACUAAACAACUACUUUUUGUUGUCGAUAUUUCUGGAUUUCAGCUUUCUUCACAAACUCGGUAUAGAACUGCCUUUGAAACCAUAAUACUACUUACAAAAGAGUUGGAGUUGUACAAAGAGGAACUUCAGACAAAACCUGCUCUCCUGGCAGUUAAUAAAAUGGACUUGCCAGAUGCCCAAGAUAAGUUUCAGGUACUGAUGAACCAACUCCAAAGUCCUAAAGAUUUUUUACAUUUAUUUGAAAAAAACAUGAUUCCAGAGAGGACUGUGGAGUUCCAACACAUCAUCCCCAUCUCUGCAGUUACUGGAGAAGGAAUAGAUGAACUAAAGACCUUCAUAAGGAAAUCACUGGAUGAACAUGCCAACCAGGAAAAUGAUGCAUGUCAUAAGAAGCAGUUGCUUAAUUUACGUAUUUCUAACACAAUAUCUUAUAGUGAGCCACCAUCAAAUACCGCUGUUACUAGUCCCAGAAUGGAUAUAACUUAAAUUAAAAGUGGUGUUGAAACUGUGUUCAUUUGAAAGCUUUUCCACACAUAUUUUUUAGAAGUUUAGUUGUUUCUACAUGAUGGUGUCUGUGCCAUCAUUUAAGAACCAUACUUUUAAAAGAUGUUUUAUAGCUAAAUCCAUCAACAGUGAAAAAGUAACUGAGGACUAAAAACGGCCCAUCCACCUAUAAUAAAAUCCUCUGAUAUUCCUGUA